UACAUACAGGAUACAUACAUAAAAUCAGUGUGUCUGUGUGUUUGUUUUUGUUUUACAGCUCUUGUUGUACAUUAGAAAGAAAAGGAGAGGUGGUUCUGUCUGGAUUUUGAAGUCUUGUGGUGUUUUGAGGGGCAGAGUUGUCUAUGGUUUACUGGGGAAUAUUAAAUAUAAUUUAAUUAUUAAAAAUAAAAAGUAAUAAAAAAAAAUGUCCUUUUGAUGGAUUCCCCUAUGCAUCUGCUUCCACAAUUAAAAUCAUUCUAAUACCAUUUUUGGUGUUUUUCUGGUUUAUUUAUUUAUUGUGGAUUUGUGGGCUCAUCAUCUCUUUCACUUUCUCUCUCUAAAAAAACCAGAGAAGAAACAAGAAGAUAAGUUAGAGUGAGAAAAUAAUUUCAAGAUUCAAAGAAAUGAAUGGUACCAUUGUUCUUGAUUCUGACGAUUCUGAGUUUGUUGAAGUUGAUCCCUCUGGGGGGUACGGAAGGUAUAAUGAAAUUCUGGGAAAAGGGUCUUCAAAGAUAGUUUAUAGAGCUUUUGAUGAGUAUGAAGGAAUUGAAGUGGCAUGGAACCAAGUGAAGCUGUAUGAUUUCUUACAAAGCCCCGAAGAUCUCGAAAGGCUGUACUGCGAAAUCCAUCUCCUUAAAACAUUAAAACACACAAAUAUUAUGAAAUUCUACACUUCUUGGGUGGAUACAUCCAAUAGGAACAUCAAUUUUGUCACCGAGAUGUUCACAUCCGGCACUCUCAGACAGUUUAGGAUGAGGCACAAGAGAAUCAAUGUUAGAGCAAUCAAGCAUUGGUGCAGGCAGAUCUUACACGGGCUUCUCUAUCUUCAUAGCCACAAUCCUCCGGUUAUUCAUCGGGACCUGAAAUGCGACAACAUUUUCAUUAAUGGUAAUCAAGGCGAAGUCAAAAUCGGGGAUCUUGGUCUUGCGGCGAUUCUCAGGAAAUCCCACGCCGAUCGGUGUGUCGGAACACCGGAAUUUAUGGCUCCGGAGGUGUACGAAGAGGAAUACAACGAACUAGUCGAUAUUUACGCAUUUGGCAUGUGCGUUUUGGAAAUGGUCACAUUCGAAUAUCCGUACAGCGAAUGUACCCACCCUGCUCAAAUAUACAAGAAAGUGAUGUCUGGAAAAAAACCGGAUGCUCUCUACAAAGUUAAGGAUCCAGAAGUGCGUGUAUUUAUCGAGAAAUGUUUAGCUACGGUUUCCGAUAGGCUUUCUGCAUGGGAGCUUCUUAAUGAUCCGUUUCUCCAAAUCGAUGAUUAUGGUUAUGAUUUGAGGCCGUUGAAUUUUCAUCGAGAUUACGAUGAAGCGGCCCCGUUUUAGGCAGUCUCUAUGGGUCAUAGCGGAAACAGUUCUUUAGUC